GAGGUCCCUAACGCGAUGCCAUCCAUUCCAGCGGCGUGAGCCAAGCUGGGGCAGGCAUCCACGCCUCUCCCAGGGCCAUCCAAAGUCCGAACCUAGAAAUUUCCUUGCCAUUAAAUCAUGAACCUGUUGGUCAAACAACCCAUAAUUCCUGCCCGCUCUUUUCUUUCAUCGUCGCUCCCGAACAUCACUGAGGUGUUAUCAAUUUAUCUCUUUGCCGCGCGCGUUCCCGUGCGCCCAUUCCGUUUGCUGAAGUACAGCACCAACGUGCAAUGAUCAUCGGCGUCUCCCGAGAAACUGCCACCGUGUAAAAACUGACAAAGACGCUGCCCACCCAACCCACACCUGGGGCACUUUCCCUUCGCCAUGGCCGGAACACCGAGCUCAGCGGCUAUGAUGUCUGACAUCGAAGCGCCAAGCUCGCCUGUUCGCGCUGAAAAGUCCUUCAUGACGGCCGUCACCGACGACGACGAUACGAGGAUGGCCAUGGCGACUCCCGAGCCGUCCGAGCGGCAGCCUCGCGGUAAAAAGCGCGGCCGUGACGACGGACUCAACACCAGCACCAUCGGCAAGAUCCGGCAUCUCAAAAAGGAGGACGGCGAGCCGCUCUGGCGGAAGGACAUCCAGUACGACUUCCUCAAGGCCGUCUUCGACAACGACGAGAAAGUCUUCACCAACAGCUACGAGAAAGACCGACUGGGCAAGCAGUGCUUUGCCGACCUUUACAUCGACACAAUGUCCAGGAGUAGUAAGACUAGCAAAGUCCUUCGCGACAAGCUGCUUAGUGAUCGCGAUGCUGCGAAAGGAAUGGCGAUGGUCUGCCUCCUGGUCAACAUUGGCCGGAUGAACACGACGCUCAACUUCUUUCCGGAAAUGCGAGCCCAACUGCGCACCUAUCAUGCCAUCCCGUGUCUGCAAGCCCGGCAAGACCCGCACGCCUACAAACAGUUGCAGGACGCGCCCAGGCUAAAGUCGAUCUUGAAGGGAGGUUCGGACGAUCGGCCUGAGCCGGCAUCCCUCGAGGAGUUCAAGUCACUCGACGUCCCUCGGACGAACCCCGUCCACCUUCUCUUCCUCAUCUGCCAGGCGGCGCCCAAAGUCGCCGAAUUACAUUUCCCGCCCGGCCAAGAGUUCCACGACCUCAUCAUGAAGACGCACUACAGCAGCAAGAGCCGCGCCCGUGCCUUUCUCUGGCUCAUGUGGUUCUACCUCGAGUCUGACUUUACAGAGGAGGGUUGCGAAGAAAACCCGUUCGGGGCCGGUGUGGACUACGGCGUCGACGUCGCGAACCAGGGCGUCCCUCGCCUAGAGCGCCUAACCGAGGAGGAGGAGGAGCAAGAGAACGUCGACACGCAAGAAGAGAUCGACUUUGGAUACGCCAAGCAGAAAAUGCGGGCUAAGAUCAUCGAGGCGGACCAGCAGUUCAUGGCGGAGACCCAGACGAAGCGAGGUGGGGGCCGGGGUCGCAGCUUCCCUGCCGGCGACGAGGUUGGACCGACAACAGGCAUCCUGCCGCGCAUUAGGCCCUCCAAAAACGAAAGCGAUCUUGACAGUGUGAGAUCCACCCCACCGCCCCGUGCGCUUGGACGACAGAGCGGUUUCUUCAGCAGCACGAGCCGGCGAGGCCCUCACUCGCUCAAAUACCAAGUUUUUGACGGCUCCUCUCCUGGCGGCGAACGCAUGGUUGAGGGCGUCGCCCCGCGGAAGCCCCGGCCCCCCACAGCUCACCAACUUGCUGUCGAGCGUAACAGGUCCCAGCGCGUUGAGUACAUUCUUGACCGGGGCAUGCGGCGCAGCCACCACCGCGCGCGCAAAUCGCGUCGCGCCGAGGGGUCCAUCAUCCGCGCCCUCCCGCGGCUCGCCCAAAUGCCGGACCCGUUCGACGAUAGCGAGGAGGAAGAGUUCAUGGCCGCCCACGGCAAGCACUCCGCCUCCUUCCUCCACGGCGACGCCAAGCGCAUGCGCGAGCGGGGCUACGGCGGCCUGGUCCAGGUGAAGGACGAGCCCGACGAUUUCGGCGAGCAGAUGGCCUCCUACGCGGCGGCCUUCCGGCGUGCCGAGCGCCGCCUCACCCGGUGGGAGAACCACGACGGUCCGCCGCUGGGCGUCAUCCGGCCCAUCAAGCGGCCCCGCAUCACCAACGGAGCCGCUAGCCAGCAUGACGACGACGAGGAUGACGGUGAGGGCGACGGCGACGGCGCGGGUGAGGGCUCACCGUCCAAAGAGCCGAUCGACCCGGCCGAGACGGAGGACGAGGCCGAGGUCAUGCUGCAUGCGCGCCGUGUGCAGUCUGUCGGCGGGAGCCGUACAAACGGGGUGCACCGUGCCGACACCAACGGGGACAUGACCAUGGACGACGCGGACGACUUGGAUGAGGUCGACAAGGAACUGCUUGGACUGGGCGAUGGCGAUGCCGAUGAUGGCGAAGGCCAGGGAGAGGGCGAAGAGGAGGAUGAGCUGGACGAGGUGGACAAGACGUUGCUGGGUAUGGACGGGGACUCUGAUUCGGAGUGAAAGACACAGCCGCUUUCUCUCGCUCUGCUUUGUGCUUCCGGUGUUAGAUCGCAUUAGACAGGUAGUGUGCCACGGGAUGUACUAUUACUGUGGGAAAAGGGGCCUGGGUUUCGGUAAUGGCACGGAGUUUGGGGCGGAUGCAAUGUAAGGCUGGCUUCGGAGGGACUUUGCGCAGGCGCGCUUUUGCUAGCUGUCAUGAUUUGGUACAUUUACGUGCCUGGAUCAGCGACCGGAUCACGUCUCAGUAUUAUUGCCCAAAUAGAUCCCCUAUAUGGAUGCGCUCGACGAGU